GUCCUUCCGCGGCGGGCCGGAAGCGCCAGUCCUUUCUCGGCAGAGCGCAGCCAUGGCCCGCGGCCCCAAGAAGCAUCUGAAGCGCGUGGCUGCACCCAAGCAUUGGAUGCUGGACAAGCUGACGGGCGUCUUCGCACCCCGCCCAUCAACAGGCCCUCACAAGCUGAGGGAGUGCCUUCCCCUCAUCAUCUUCCUGCGCAACCGGCUGAAGUAUGCUCUGACAGGAGAUGAGGUCAAGAAGAUCUGCAUGCAGAGGUUCAUCAAAAUAGAUGGCAAAGUCCGCACUGACAUCACCUACCCUGCAGGCUUCAUGGAUGUCAUCAGCAUUGAGAAGACAGGUGAGCAUUUCCGCCUGGUGUAUGAUACCAAGGGCCGGUUUGCUGUUCACCGCAUCACACCUGAGGAGGCCAAGUACAAGCUGUGCAAGGUGAGGAAGAUCUUUGUGGGCACCAAAGGAAUCCCUCACUUGGUCACUCAUGAUGCCCGCACUAUCCGCUAUCCAGACCCCCUCAUCAAGGUGAAUGAUACAGUCCAGAUUGACCUGGAGACAGGCAAGAUCACAGACUUCAUAAAGUUUGACACAGGUAACCUGUGCAUGGUGACCGGCGGUGCCAACUUGGGCCGUAUUGGGGUGAUCACCAACCGGGAGAGGCACCCCGGGUCGUUUGACGUGGUUCAUGUGAAGGACGCCAACGGCAACAGCUUUGCCACCCGGCUCUCCAACAUCUUCGUUAUUGGCAAAGGCAACAAGCCGUGGAUCUCCUUGCCCCGUGGAAAGGGCAUCCGCCUGACCAUUGCUGAAGAGAGAGACAAGAGACUGGCGGCCAAGCAGAGCAGCGGAUAAAGUCCAGCUCAGGCUGGCCGUGGUGCUGUCAGUGUGUUCAUUAAACCAUUUACUACAUGG